AUGAAUUUUGAUUAUCCUAAAUCUGAAUUUCAAACUCCUUAAAAGUAAUUUUAUGUGAGAUCAUAACACAAACAUAAUUCAAGUCAACCUUUAUUAGGAUAAUACUUUCGAGAUGUGCAAGAACCUAAAAUGAAUUUAACUAAGGUUGGAUAAGAGUCUUUAAAAAAAUGGGAUUUCUUCUCUGAUCCUUUUAGUCUACCUGAAAAAUAUUUAACUAGUCCAUAAAAUAAAAUGAAGACUGAAACAACUGAUCUUGGAUAUGAUAGUCUUGAUUUUAUGCUUGGAAAACAAACUGAUAGAUAUAGCUCAGGGUCUCUUUAAGCUUUGCAUUAAUAAACAUAAUCAGAGAAAAUAAUUGGCAAAAAAGUUUAGUUUUCUGAGUUAGUCUAAGUAAAGAAUGAUGAUGGAAGUGAAUCAGAAGAACCUAUGUUAAAGUAAUCAAGAUAAAAGACAAGAAAAAGUAAGUUCUCUAUGAAAAGUUAGAGAUCAAUAAUGCAAGAUUGA